UUAUAAAUAAAUUCUGUUUAUUAUAAACAAAUGAUUGUUUCUCAAAUGUUUAAAGCUUUUUGAAAAAGUAAUUCAGAUAUGAAAGAUGUAAUUUUUACGAGUGAGUGGUUUAGAUUUUGCGUUUCAAGGAAGUUCCCGUAACGUAUUUAGCUCAUAGCCUGUUUUAAAGCUAUUUUUAACUCGCUACUGGGAUGUACAAGUUUCAAGCAGCAAGAAGACUUCGAUUCGUGCGACUCGUCGAUUUACUUUCAUAUCUUCCAUUUACUCAUAUUUUAAGUUUUUGCGCGCUGUAUUCAAUGAAUUUCUUGAAUUGUUCGAUGAAACGUUCUUCAAACAAUUGUUGCAAUCGUGAGGUUGCAAAUAGUGAUUUUGGAAGUUGUGAUCAUAUUUACGCAAGUUUGAUGGAAUGUAAAAAUGUAAACUCCGAAGGUUUUACUGAGGUCGAAUCAGCACCAAUAACAUCGCAAAAUAAACAACAUAAUGAGGAUUAUAAAAAGAAACCUGUUUCUUGGUCCGCAAAUUCGAACAAUUUUACAUAUCACCAGUCUUCUCCUUCUGUUUUGCCUAACAAAAUGAACUGUGAUGUCGAUAAAGAAUCGAAAGAAACAACACAUUCCCCGUAUAGAGUGCUACAUGAUGCAAACUACUUAUGUCCUAGAUGUGGGCAGAGAAUGGAAGAACCUAGACUUCUUCCUUGUUUACAUACUAUAUGUUUAUCAUGCGUUUACGAAUUGAUAAACAAAUUUUCGUACAUUUCUGCAAAACCCGAAAUACAGAAUAAUCGAACGUACGCGCAGCUCAAUAUCCAGGAAACAUGCCCAUUGUGCGACGAGCAGUUGCCAAAUAUGUAUUCUGCCGUACCACCACCUCAUUAUCCCUUGCAACAUCAAUUAGUUCUCGAUAGUAUGAGAUGUAAACUGAUUAAUAAAGUACUUUGUGAUACAUGCGUGAGCGAAGUCCCGGCGCUCAUGCAGUGUUCCACCUGUUUGUGUAAUUUAUGCUUAGAAUGCAGCAAAAAACAUGAACAACAAAAUAUUGUAGAAGCGAAAACAAUAAAACACUUAAUGAGACCAAUGUGGGAGGCUACUAAAGUACGACGGACAGUUUUAUGUCAAAUACAUUCAACACACGCUUUAAGAUUCUAUUGCAUUGCGUGUCAACAGGUAACAUGCAAAGAAUGCAUGUGGAGUACUCAACACAGAGGUCAUGCUAGUGAAGAUGCUGUUGGAGCAGGACAAAGAGCUUGUGCGUACCUAACAAUGAUGUUGCAAAAGGCAAGAUUAUUUCUAAAUAAUCUAUUGAUUCAAUAUAAUCACGAUGCAUUUUCACACAACGAUUUUGACGAGUCGCAAAGCGUAGCAAAAACUUCCAGGUAUGUGUUCACUUUUAUAUUAUAUUAUAAAUAAAAAAAUUAAGAAAAACUAAUAUUAAAAAAAUAAUUCUUACUUUAACUGCAUAAUAAAAACUGUAUGGGACCAUGUAUAUAAAAAGUGCAUUUUUGUUGAUAUUUAAAAAUAGAUAUAUCGCAUGAGGUACACAAUUGUCAUGUGAUUUAUAUUUUAUGCAAAUACGUAAUCACAUAAAAAUAAAAAAAUGUAGCAAAAUAAUUGUCAUUUGAGGUAAAAUAUUCUAAAGGAAUUAUUCGCAAAUAAAUAUUAAUAAAAAAAAUACUAUAAUUUAAAUAUAUAUUACAAUAAAUGUUCUCAAUUGAUAUAAAAAUUGAGAAUAUCUAAUACUCUAAUAAUAUGAAUGUAUGAAAGAUCUUUUAAUGUAUUAUAUAUUUAUAUAAUAGAGUAUAUUAGGAAUAGACAUAUUUAAAAACAAAAAAAAAGAAUUGUGUAAUAAUUAUAGUUAUAAAAUAGUUAAUUAAAACAAG